UCAUCUCUCCUUUUUCAUUCACAGGAAAAUACACCAGCAUGAUAUUCCAGAGAAAAAAUAAGAAGAUUUUCAACAUGAAGCUUGCUUGGCUCCUGAUACUGGUUCCGGUUCUCUUUCUUCACCCAGUCAGUACCGAAUGCAGUGAUACUACUCAAACUGUAAAAUGUGAAGAAGUGGCAAAAACCUAUUCUUUUGUUCCUUCUAAUCUAAACAAAAAUAUCUCUAUGCUAUAUCUUAGUUGUAACCAUAUUACUCUAAGCAAAAAUGACACACUAAUACUUCGUCAGUACAAUAAUCUCACAAAACUGUAUUUGAACAACAACUCUAUUGUUAUUCUUCGUAAUUACAGCUUUGAGAGUCUUCUAAAACUAAAAAUUCUUGAUAUCAGCAGUAAUUAUAUUGAAAUAGUUGGAAAAGCAGCAUUUGCUGGUUUAAAUGAACUGCAGGUUCUGCAUCUACAAAAUAACAAAAUUACACAAUUAAGUUCUGAUGCAUUUGCAGGGCUAAACAACUUGAAAGUCUUGAACUUACAAAACAAUCUUCUAAAAUAUUUUGAUGUUGAAGUAACAUUUAAUUCAAUAUGUAUUACACUAAGUGGAAAUCCAUGGACUUGUUCAUGUGACCUUCUUAGUUUACAGCGUUGGCUGAAUAACCGUACUGUGACAAUGGAAAAUGAGAACAAUACUAUGUGCACUCAUCUAGUUACUAUGAAAAAAUACCCUAUCAAGACAACAAAUAUAUCAAAUUGUAAUCAAAUGGGAACAUCUGGAACAACUCUCUUACCUUUUACUUCUAUUAAUGCUAUCUAUGGCACUACAUACAAUUAUACAAAUGGAUCAGCAUAUUCAGGUAUUCAGCCCAUUGGCAAAAGCUGGACUUUUCUGUUGGGGGUCCUAGCAGUCAUCCUUAGCACUACAGCACUGAUUACUGUUGCUAUCAAAUUUCCAAUGUGGUACCGUCACUUCAUCAACUAUAAUCACAGACGCCUGAAAGAAAAAGAAGAAUCUGAGAUGUUUGAAGAAACAUUCACACCACAGUUACGCACGAUCCCACAAACUUCAGCGACGAAUGAAGAAGAGUCUAUAGCUGCUUUUGAACAAUUUCAUACAUUUGUUCCAGAAGAUGAUGGAUUUAUUGAAGACAAAUAUAUUGAUCCAUAAAGGUUUACCAUAAAUAUUGUAGACCAAAACUAUUUGUUAUUAGCACAGAAGUGUGCUAUAUAUAGGACAAAAAUACACACACAAUCUGUUAUUUGUCAUUAAUUAAUUUUAUAUGAUCUAAACUUACUAAGAAAAACCUUACCACCUUGAUUUAGCAGAUACUGAUAUGAUGGAUUUCUAAUGCAGUGAAUCAAAUUUCUGUGUUGAUUUACAUCAGUUGUGUAAUGAUGUCAUAAAUUACGCCAUUUGCAUUCAUUUACAUAAUUUGUGUAAAUGGGCUUGCAAGCAACAUUACAAGACACAAAAGAGGCUACGCUUAUGUUGUGAUGUUGGAGCACUGCUUUUGUCAAUUUGCUCUCCUCUGCCCUCUCCUUUCAGAUGCCACUGACUGCCACUUACUUCCAUGAAAGGAAUUCUGGAUUAACAUGAAUUACCCCCAACUGUAAUAAGAGCUGCUUUGCAAUUUUUAUGCCAAUUGUUCUUGUGACUGCUAUUGUUUUGUGUGUGUGUGUGUGUGGUAAAUAUGUCAAUUGUGAAAGCCUUCUUCAAAUGCUUGAGAACAAACAGCGGGCAAAUGCCAAGAAACUGCAAUGUGUAUGAAAAUUCACUUCUUCAA